UGCAAAGUUUUCUGGAGUGUUUUCAAAAGCGAAAUUGAUUGAAAUGUUGAAAAAUAAAUAUUGUUAUUUUACAUCGACUGUUUACUUGACCAGGAACAGGUCCUUUUAGAGAAGGGUACACACAAUGACGAGUGCAUUCCAUUUGUCUAUAUACGUCACUAGUUUAAAGCUUUUCAGUAAUACUUGUUAAGUUCCCUACGUGAAGACUUAAUGGAUCAAUUAGUUGAGGUUUGGCACUCAUUUCUAUCUCCCUCUUCAUAGCUACUGUCACACGUGCAAACUCGUCGAGCGUUGGGGGGCACGCCAUAUUGCUUCAUUGUGGCAGCCUCCUCUCGGAGACACCCCUAACGUUCUAUACCCGGGAGGUUUAUAUUCUUCACACCCUCGACAUUGUCCGAUUUUCUGCAGUUGGUCUCUCCCAAUUGGGGAAAACUAACAAAAGAAUCGUCAAGGUGGCCUCCACAGACAGUCUUGACAACUUUAUUUUUCUUUUAUCCCCACUACUCACCUUACACAAUUGAACUUUCUGUUCAACUUUAAUCAGGACUGAAGUGUUUUGGGACACGUUGAAAAUUUAUAUUUAUUUUUAAACCUUCCACACUUGAGAUCCUUUCUUUAAAUUAAAGAAGAUUGUUUAAAGAAAACGAAGAUUGAAGUACAUUUUUUUCAAAAAUAUGUAUUUAUAUAUAUGUGUGUGUGUGUGUAUGUAUUCGAAACUAUUUAUUUGCUUAUUUUGUAGCAUUAUACUCUGCUCCACUGACCUCUCUUCCUUUAUUCCUUUCAGACACUCAAGAACUUUGUCCUAUGUUAUCGUCGAGAUGAUUGGCUGAUGUUGUUGUGACGUCAGCGGGGUGAGGCCGCUUUGCGCAUGAUUAGAAAAGUGAGUAGUAGUGAAGUUGUCAGCUGUGCCAGUCCAGUAAAGAGAAGUGACUAUUGGAGCGAAUACACAAUAAGUGUUUAGCACAGUAAAUGUGAUUGAUCUUUAAAAGCAUCACACCCUACUCGUGGCUAGCAUGCACGCUGCAUGCAGCGAACUCAUGACGUCAGUGAAGUGUACACCAAGACAAUAUCGGACUGAUUAGGAAAAAGCCGCAACAUGUCGAAAUUCGUUCUUAUUUAUUGCUCUCUUCUAAUAGUUCUAGUGAAGUCGCAAGAUGCAUCAUCAAACAAAGAAAGGUGUGAAGAGAUAUCGAUACCUAUGUGCCGCGGAAUUGGGUAUAACUACACAUCCAUGCCCAAUCAAUUUCAUCACGACACGCAAGAAGAAGCGGGAUUGGAAGUACACCAGUUUUGGCCUUUGGUGGAAAUUCAAUGUUCCGAUGACUUAAAAUUCUUUUUAUGUUCUAUGUAUGCACCCAUCUGUAUGGAAGAUUAUCCCGGGAGAUUGCCCGCUUGUCGUUCUGUAUGCGAGCGAGCACGAUCCGGAUGCGCACCCAUUAUGAGACAAUACGGAUUCGCUUGGCCGGAGAGAAUGAAUUGCGACGAUUUACCGAAAUAUGGCGACCAGGAACGAUUAUGUAUGGACGCGAAAGAAGGAGCACCUCCCGAACAACCCCCGUCGAUAGUCCAACAUCCGAGAGCCAAGGACGGACGCGAGAGAAGACCGUCUUACAGAGGUCGACCUCCAUACCGUAACAGAGAUAGGCACGAUCUUUUACCUGGUAAACGUCCUGCUCGAAUUCCAGUACAAGGAAUUGCAGAUUCCGAAUGUUCUUGUGACUGUAGAUACCCGAUGGUGGCCAUAGUCGAAAUGGACGAUCGCAGAUUCUUCAACAAGGUGAUCACCGGCGGUGUGAUUAAUUGUGCCACCCCGUGUUUCAGCCCUUACUUUAACAAAGACGAACAGACAUUCGCAACUUUCUGGAUCGGACUGUGGGCAAUUUUAUGUUGUAUCUCGGCGAGUUUGACGGUACUCACCUUCCUGAUCGACAUGCAAAGAUUCCGUUAUCCCGAACGUCCCAUCAUAUUUUUAUCAGGAUGUUACUUGAUGGUGUCGAUCGGUUACUUAGUUAGAAUCGGUUUGGGGCACGAAGCUGUUGCGUGCGACGGACCUAUCAUCAGAUAUCACACCACGGGCAGACCGGCCGCUUGCACUAUUGUGUUUCUACUAAUCUACUUUUUCNCUAAAAAUUGGAUUUAA